UCCUUCCUGAACUUUGCCUCCCUCCUCCCUCCGUGGGACAGGCGGGAGCCUCUGGCUGGCAGCGCGGACGCGGCGCCGGGUUUCGCUCAGACCGGGAGGCCAUGUGUCCUCAGGCAAAUGAGGUGACCGACAGUGCUUACAUGGGCUCAGAGAGCACGUACAGCGAGUGUGAAACCUUCACGGAUGAAGACACCAGCACUCUAGUGCACCACGAGAUGCACGACGAGGUCGAAACGGACAGUGCCAUCGAUUCCACGGUGCAUUCGGAGUUCACGGACCCCAUCGAGGAGCCCGAGCAUGGGUCCCAUCCGCACGACCUCCCCCUGGGCCCCGACCUCAACCACUCCAUCGUUACGGUAAUCAGCGGAGAGGAGCACUUUGAGGAUUAUGGAGAAGGGAAUGAAGCGGAUUUGUUCUCGGACAGCUUGUGUAAUGGGGAAAGCAGCUUUAACAGCUCCUCUUUCCUCUCUCCCAGCACCAAUCCGCUCGCUGCGAAACUGCACAGCAUUAUCGCAGAUGAAGCUUUUGAGUUUUACUGUAGCCAGUGCCACAAACAAAUCAACCGCCUUGAGGAUCUUUCUGCUCGCCUGAAUGAUCUUGAAAUGAAUAGUCCAAAUAAAAGACUCUCAAGCAAGAAGGUAGCAAGACAGUUGCAUCAGACAGGCACGCUGUCCGUGGGGGUGAUGGAGGAGUCCUACCGGGAUACUCUGGAUUGCACAGAAGAGGACAUCACGGACAAGGUUGUUUUCUUGGAGAAGAGGGUGACUGAGCUGGAGAAGGACACGGCUGCCAACGGGGAGCAGCACAGCCGGCUGAAGCAGGAAAACCUGCAGCUUGUGCACAGAGCCAACGCUCUCGAGGAGCAGCUGAAGGAGCAGGAGCUGCGUGCUGACCAAACGCUCCUGGAGGAGAUCAAGAAGCAGAGGGAGCUGCUGAGCAAAAUGGAGAGAGAGAAGAGCAUCGAGAUUGAGAACCUGCAGGGCAGGCUGCAGCAACUGGAUGAUGAGAACGGCGAGCUGAGAUCCUGUGUCCCUUGUUUAAAAGCCAACAUCGAGAGACUCGAGGAGGAGAAGCAGAAGUUGCUGGAUGAGAUCGAAGACCUCACGGUUCAGCUCACGGAGGAGCAGGAGAGCAAGAGGAAGAUGGGGGACAAGCUGAAUCAGGAGCGGCACCAGUUUCAGAAGGAGAAGGAGUCUACGCAGGAGCUCAUCGAGGACCUCAGGAAGCAGCUCGAGCACCUGCAGCUCUUCAAGCUGGAAGCCGAGCAGCGCCGAGGCAGGAGCAGCAGCAUGGGACUCCAGGAGUACAACAGCAGGACCCGGGAGACCGAGCUGGAGCAGGAGAUCAAGCAGCUCAAGCAGGAUAACAGGAACCUGAAGGAGCAGAACGAUGAACUGAAUGGGCAGAUCAUUAACUUGAGCAUCCAGGGAGCCAAGAACCUCUUCUCAGCCUCCUUCUCGGAGUCCUUGGCUGCAGAGAUCAGCUCCGUCUCCAGAGACGAGCUCAUGGAAGCAAUUCAAAAGCAAGAGGAGAUCAACUUCCGCCUGCAGGAUUACAUCGACAGGAUCAUCGUGGCCAUCAUGGAGACAAACCCCUCCAUCCUGGAAGUGAAGUAAGGGCAGCCGGGAGCCGUGGGUCGCUCGCUCUUCGUUGGGUUUGGAUUUGGUGCUCUGAGAGGAAAAAGAGGACUCGAAAUGUCUUUGUUCCUGAUGAAGGCACAAGGAAGCAUCGCUUCGGAUUCAUGGGUCAAUAAUCCAGUGGACCAGGGAAAAAGAAAAACAGCAGCAACGCUUGGUUGUCUGCCUCUGUUAUUUUGGAACCCUCCUGCCUUUGGAGGGUGAAAGGGAACCUGGAGAAGAAACACGGGCAACGGACAGCAGAGGAAGGACCUGUAUUGGCCCCGCCACCAGGGAAGCUGGCAAGUGGCUGCGCACGGGAACUGUCCCCACCGUGAGGCUCCGCYGCGUGGGGUGUCCACGGGAGCUGCCCACGCCGGGGCUCUGAGCAGAGGGUUUCUCUGCGCCGUAGGAUAAAAGGAUGCGGAAGGAAGCCGUGGAGCCGACGUUUUCCCUUGCUGCCCCGUCCAGCCCAAGGGUCUGCUUUGCCAAAGUGUCCGUGACACACUCACUCCCCGGGGCAGACCUAGGAACGAGGGAAACAUGUCCUGGACUUGUAGAAUUUUUUUUUUAAUUAACUUAAUGCGAUUUUGUUCCUCCMGCUGGCACAGUUCGCGCUUGCCCCGCCGCCCGGCCUGGGAAGGGGUGCAGAGGGCAGGCUGCCUCCUCCCUCGCUCGCUGCCGGCAGGACGGAGCCGCCUUCUCUGGGACGGGGCCUCGGUGCAGUUUGCCACCUGCCUCCUUAUUUAUUUUCGCUCUCCGUGGCUCCCUGCAUUCCCGACUCCGCUGUGCAGAGCAGCCCUGCUCCCUGCAGCCCCUCGUGAGCUCCCAAGGCUCCAGGUGUUACACGAUGGGCCGGGGGCCGCGUGGAGCUUGCAGGGCAGGAGCCUGGGGGGCAGAUGUGCCCCCCUGCCCCAGCCCUAGUUACACCGGUGCUGUCUUUCCAGCCUGCAGGGACUGCAGGAGAGGCUGGGACUUUUUCAACUUGCACUGGAGGCUGGUCCUGGCCAGCUCUCCCCAUCCCACCGUGGCUGCUCCGGCCUGGCUCGGUGCCUGGUGUCCGAGGGAUGUUGGUGGCCACCGUGGCCACCCUGGGGCCAGUGUGGCCGGCAGGGCGCCCGCUCGGGGCAGGGCUCUGCUGGUGAUGGCUGCAGGCCUGGAGGGAGAGCCCGCUGCAGCCCCUCGCCGCUACCCCGGCCCCUGGAACCUCCUGCAUGGGAAUCUCCAUCCCAGCGGGGAGAGGAGGCGGCCACUGUACGGAGAAUAAAAGAAUUGCUCCCCAGGAACCAAAAGCCAUGUUUACAUGGGAGAGCUUUGGGCUUGUGGGCACAGGGAGCCCUGGCACAGGGUGCCUGCACGGAGCGAGGGAGCAGCCACUUAGGCACCUGCUUCCCUCUGCCUCCCAAGGGAAGCCAAGGGCCAUCAGCCUCCCGAGGGUCCGGC